AACGAGCUGUAGCGAAGAGAGGGAAUCCCUUAACCCGGAAAUGGUUCAGAGCGCAAUGCAGAGGAAAUACAGGGUGUUUUCACGGAGCUGUUCAGUCUGAGAGUUAAUAAAGAUGUCUACAACUAAUGAGCUCAGAGUAGUCAUCACCGAGAAGCUGAGCAGCGCGACCAGGGAAGUCCUGGCGGUGGUGGAGAGGAGCGUAGCCGACUAUGAGGAGGAGGCUUCGGGCUUCAGGCAGCAGGUCGACCGCCUGAGGAGGCAGCUGGAGCUCCUGCAGCCUCAGGUCAAACUGCACAGAGGAGGUGUGGAGGCAGCUGAGAGUCCCGGUCUACCGCAGAACCUCUCUAAUGAAGGCGCGGAGCCAACAACAAUCUUCAAACGAAACGAAGAAGUCCUGAAGGAUCCACAGGAUAAAACACCACCAAGCAACAUCAACAGUCUGAGAAGAAUCAUCACCAAGAAGCUGACAACAGCGACCAGAGAAGUCUUAAAGGUGGUGGAGAGGACCGUAGCCGACUAUGAGGAGGCAGCUUUGGGCUUCAGACAGGAGAUCAGCCACCAGAAGAGGCAGCUGGAGCUCCUGCAGCCUCAGGUCAAGGACCAAAGGAGAGAUCUGCAGAGCCAUGAGGUGGUGGUUGUUGGUGAGGAAGAAGAGGAGCAGCAGCAGCUCACACGGCACACGGGUGUGGAUGGAUCUGAGACACACUGUCUGCCACUGAAUGAUGAAGAUGAUGGUGAUGAUGAUAAACAGCCGACAAAAGCAUCCAGACUGAAACAAGAAUACCUGACAGACCCAGACUAUGAAGUACCAUCAAGGUCGGUUCCCUGCAGAGUUCGGUCUGGAGGUAAAAGGUCCGGCAGAACUCGGAUCAGUGACACACCGAACCAUUUGACUCUCAGAAUCCGAAUUCUAGAGGACUCUGAGACCAAGGUCCUCUCUAAGGCUGUGUUUCAGAAAAGUUCGGUCUCGGUUCUGGAGUGUCCUCGUGGCCUGCAGGAGUUAGACUUCAUGGACCUGCUGAGGUCCACCUUCCCUCAGCUGGCUGCUGGUCAACCUUUUGAUAUCUUCAUAGCUGCUAAGAACAGACAGCUGCAGCCUCUGUCGGUGAAGACUCUGACUCCAGAGGAGAUCUGCUCCAACCACAGGUCCAACGGAAACCCGACCCUCUACAUCCGUCUGGGGAAAAGAGAGGACCCUCCUGCAGCCGACCCUGGGGUCAUGAAGAGCAAUGAAACCAGCCUUCAUGAAGGCCCUAUCCAUAUAAGUAUGGACCACACAGAGAUGGGCGAAAAUGGCGUAGACCCAGGGAAUGAUGCUGAAGAUGACAACUGGAACCCUGAUCCUGAACCUCAGACCGCCAAAAGAACAAGGAAAACGAAGGAGAAAAGUGUGUUGAGAAGGACUGGGGAGAGUAAAAUGUCAUGUAAAGUGUGUGGAGCCUGGUACAGACAGCUGGGGAGUUUGAUCAGCCACGUCUGGAAUCACAUCAGCGACCCUCAGGGUGUCUGUGGCGCUUGUGGGGAGAAGUUUGAGAAUGUGGAUGAGUUAAAGGAGCAUCUUCGAAAUCACCAAAAAGUCCACAGCUGUCAACACUGUGGGAAAACGUUUGUCUCCAUCCAGAGUCUCAACCUUCACGUUGCAAAGCACACUGGGGAGAGUCAGUUUAAAUGCAGCGUUUGCAGUAAAACCUUCACAAACAUGGCUUCCCUAAAUUAUCACCAAUGGCUCCAUGUGGAGGAUAAACCACACAAGUGUGACAUUUGCCUUAAAACAUUUGGCUUGGAAUCGCAUCUGUUAUCCCAUAAAAAGCUGCACACAAACAAGGAAAAACAUGUCUGCGACGUCUGCAACAGGUCUUUCCGCCUUCGCCGAGCUAUGACCCAGCACAGGCUGACCCACUCUGAAGAUAAGCAGUACGCCUGUGAGAUCUGCGGGAAGCGCUUCAAACUCGAGGGUUCGUUGAAGGUGCACAACAAGACCCACAUGGAGAGGGAUCGAACCUUCCUCUGCCACAUCUGCUGCAGGACGUUUCUCUGGAAAGGAACGCUGAUGGCUCACCUCAGGACCCACAGCAACGUGAGGCCGUUUGUCUGCGCCAUCUGCAGCAAGGCCUUCUGGGUCAAAUGUGACUUGAAGAAACACAUGAGGAUUCACUCCGACGAUGCUCCAUACGAGUGCCCGGAGUGCGGCCGCCGUUUCAAACAGAAGGCCAACCUGGACAGCCACAUCAAGAUCCACCGAGGCAUCAAAAUGUUCGUCUGCCCAGUCUGCGGGAAAGAGUGCUCCCGACGGGAACACCUGAAGGUCCACAUGAGAACCCACAAUGGAGACAAGCCCUACAAGUGUACCGUCUGUGACAGAGCCUUCACCCAGAGCCACUGUCUGAAAACACAUAUGAAGAGUCACCAAACAGAGGAAAACCCUGUCCAAGAUCCACCUCAGAGCCACCAGAUGGAUGAAAACCCUGUCCUGAAUCAAUUUCAGAGCCACCAGAUGGAGGAAGACCAUGUCCUGGAUCCACCUCAGAGCCACCAGAUGGAUGAAAACCCUGUCCUGAAUCCAUUUCAGAGCCACCAGAUGGAGGAAGACCAUGUCCUGGAUCCAUCUCAGAGCCACCAGAUGGAUGAAAACCCUGUCCUAGAUCCAUCUCAGAGCCACCAGAUGGAUGAAAACCCUGUCCUAGAUCCAUCUCAGAGCCACCGGAUGGAUGAAAACCCUGUCCUAGAUCCAUCUCAGAGCCACCGGAUGGAUGAAAACCCUGUCCUGAAUCAAUUUCAGAGCCACCAGAUGGAGGAAGACCAUGUCCUGGAUCCAUCUCAGAGCCACCAGAUGGAGGAAGACCCUGUCCCUGAUUCAUCAGAAGCCUGAACGAUGGUGUUCAAAGACAGAAAAACAGGGACAGACUUUACUAAAAUUGAUGAGUAUAUAUUAAUACAAUUCAUAUAUAAAACUCAGAUUUGUUGGUUAACUUGUAAUGUCAAAUUAGAUAGAAGAAAUAAAACAGUUAAACAUUA